AUGGAAAACGCUAAUAGAGGUUACAUGUACUAUCCAACGUACAAAGAUCAAACACGUUAUUUAUUAUCCGAUUUAAAUCAACGGUAUAUUAUGCUACAACGACCCUAUUGGUUAGUAUUGCCACUGGUAGUGCCAAUGAUGAUGUUUGCUUGUUUGGUGGCCGCAAUGUUGUCCAAUUGUUACGUGGAGGCAUCAACUGUUAUAUCUGGGGUCCUGGAACACACCGAAAGGAUUGCAGGUAUGAAAUUCCGAUUCAAUAUUUUUGAGCUGUAUGGUUCUGCUGUAGUAACAGGACUUCUAGCAUAUGCACAAUACUCGGGAACGAACAACGUAUACUGUAUAAUACCAUGGAUAUUAUGGACACUUUCGGGAAUGAUUUUUAAAGAAGUUCCAGGACUAUACCUAACAUGCGCUAAGAUUAUGAGAUUAAGUGUUUUACAUGGUGUUCUUUUAUCCGUUGCUGCCACUAUACUUCUUUAUAUGCAGUUUAAUUUAGUCAGGAUCAUUUGGAGGAAGAAGAAGUUGGACUUAUGUAAGGAUUUAGUGGGACAUCUAUCUAACUAACCAAAGG